AUGCCAUCGUUGGUUUCGGAAUAUGCGGCAGGGACGCUGUUUGGUGCUGCGCUCUUCGCGGCUGGAGUCUUUGCGCCUAGUACGAUUGUUGCGCAGAUGAAACUUGAGGAUUUCACCAUGGUCAAGGCGAUGCUCGGUGCGAGUGCUACAAGCGCACUAGUUGUACAUCUUGCCGACUCUGCAAAUCUCGCAGCAAUGAAACCUCGCACACCACAAUCCAUUGGCUUCUUUCCUUAUGAUGGCAACAUUGUUGGAGGCGCUAUGAUCGGCAUCGGCAUGGCACUGACCGGUGCAUGUCCCGGUACGGUCUUUGUGCAAGCCGGUGCAGGCCUACCCAGCGGCAUCUUCGUCCUCGGCGGCGGCAUCCUCGGAGGUCUCCUCUUCGUCUCCGCUCAACCAGCCAUCGCAAGACUGCGAGAAAGCAGCGGCAGCAGCAGCAGCAGCGAAGCCGUCACGAAGACCGAAUUGACCGUCCCCAAAAGCAUGGGCAUAAGUCCCCGGAUUGUCGUCGCCAUGUGGGAAAUCAUGUGCUUCGGCAUGCUGCAGCUACUUUCCGGACUCGAAAGCCCAAGCACAGGAACACGCGCUCUGGUGUCACCUGUCCUUGGCGGCUUGCUCAUCGGCACUGCUCAAGCCUGUACCAUUGCACUCACCCGCCACACCGUGGGCACGUCCGGCGCCUUUGAGGAUGUCGGUCGCUGGCUCCGCAAUGUGUGUUCUGGAGAUGCGACCAAGGGUCCCAUCACCGCUUCUGUCAUGUUUGAUGCUGGAAUCAUGUCUGCUAGUGCGUUGCUGGCUCGGUUUUUGCUGCCUGCUGCUGUUACGCAAGUUUCUUCACAAUUGGUGACGCCGACUGUUGCGAUUGCUGGUGGUGCUGUGAUGGCUUUUGGCUCGAGAUUGGCGGGUGGAUGUACGUCGGGCCAUGGUAUCAGCGGCAUGGCGACUUUUUCAUGGGCCAGUUUGGUGUCUGUCGGUAGCAUGUUCGCUGCAGGUGUCUUGACCGCCGCGUUGCGAUGA